AUGAACUCGUGGACCGUCAGCGAUAAGCCUGCGCCAACUUCUCCAAGUCCUGAGGAGGAGCUAGCCCAACCGCGGACCCAAACGAAGCUCGUGAUCGCCCUCGAACCUCUGCUGGCGGUGCUACUGAUCGUGGUGGACCUGGUGAAGGUUGUGGCACUUGGCUUGCCCCGGUUGGCCAGUGAAAUCUACUCCAUUUUCGUGCCACACGCCAAGAAGGACGUCCGCGGCCAGCUGGUGUUGAUCACCGGUGGCGGGAAUGGGCUAGGGCGGGCCAUCGCGCACCGGCUUGCGGCUCGUGGUGCCCGGUUGGUGCUGGUUGACAUCGAUCUGGCCGCGGCCGAGCGGGUCUGCGAGGAGCUGAAGGAGCAGCACGGUGUGUCCGCCUGGGCCUACCGGGUCGACGUGUCCCGGUACGAGGACUGUCGGCAGCUGGCGGAGCACAUCGAGCGGGACGGGUGCGGCCCGGUGGACAUCCUCGUCAACAACGCCGGCCUGAUCCUGUUCGGGUUCAUCAACGAGUGCUCGGUGGAACGUGCGGCAACCGUGGUGGACGUGAACGUGAAAUCGCACAUCUGGAUGACGAAAGUGUUCCUGGACGGUAUGAUCGAGCGGAAGCGCGGACACAUCGUUGGCGUGUCGUCCAUGUCCGGCAUGUACGCCUUUCCUUGGGGAGGCAUCUACUCCGCCACAAAGUUUGCCGUGUGCGGCUUAAUGGCUUCUCUGUCGGAGCAGCUUCGCAUCCAGGGCCACUCCAAGUACGUGAAGACCACCUGCGUGAAUCCUUACUAUGUGGCCACCCGGAAGGAUGUGGUCGAAUUCCUGCAGAAACCACGCUUCUCUCCACUGACGGUUGACCAGGCGGGACGGGAAAUCGUUGCUGGAAUACUCAGGGACGACGUUGUCGUUACCGUUCCGAGAUUGUUUGGAGUUUUCACCCGUUUUAUGCUACUUUUCCCAGUGUCAGUUCAGGAGCUCGUUCGGGAUUAUCUUAUACGAGAAUAUGAGCUGAAUAAUAACUUGCACACGUGAUUCGAUAAGCUGUGUGUACUUACAAAUAGCCAUGAGCCAUGAUGGAUUGAUUCAUCAUAAGAUAGAAUUCUUUGGUAGCCAGUAAAUAUUCUUCGAUACUUCGACCUCAAAAUAAACCUAAAAUGCUAUACUGAGAGAAAUAGACCAUAAGGAAGUAUCGUUUCAUGUUACUAUAAAAUGUAUUAUUAUUAGAAUAAAAUAGUAAAACUGUUGACAACGAAUAAGAACCUAAAAUAACUCCACUUGAAGAUCUUCCUUUCAAAAUAUUAAGUAACGAUUAUCUCCGUUCGAUCACACGAUUCCAUUUCUUUGCGGCGACUAUACUGCCAUCUAUAUGUCGAAAUUGUAACGAUCGUUGCUCAA